AUGGCGAAGUGUUACUCAGAGCAAGACUAUCAGUUAGGGAUAUCUUCGUCGGUAGAAGAACCGUCACUUCACAUCAGCUAUGAGAUGAUCAAUCAUAGUCUUGCUGAGCCUGUUGUUGUCACACCACGCAGUACAAAAGCCAUAAAUGACGACGAAAGCGAGCGUACAUCCUUGCUUAGCACACGAAGUCGUGGCGAACUUUCACAAUCCUCGCCAUGGGCAUCGGCCGGGUACAGCCGAGUUCGAUCUCUAACAUUCUCCAUGAAUCGGUCGCUCAUCGAGAAGGAAUCGCCGGAUCGUCGAGCCUCUGCAUUGUUGGCGGGGUGGAAUGUGACCAAUCUGAUUCAAGGAAUGGGAAUCCUCGGUAUACCCUAUGCUGUGAGAGAGGGCGGUAUCGCAGCUGCUGUGUGUAUCUUUGUCGUGGCUAUAGUUUGUGACGUCACAGGCAUACUUUUAGUGGACUGUCUCUAUGAGAUUUCACCCCGCAGCCAAAAGAAAAAGAGGAUUAGGUCCAAUUACCCAGAGGUUGGCGAGGCAGUUUGGCCAGGGAUUGGUGGAAAAGUGGUCAGCGUUGUGCAGACAAUUGAGCUAUACACAGCAGCUAUGCUAUACUUAAUUUUGCUCACAACUAUGUUCUCUCAGAUAACUGAGAAAUAUAUAUCAUUGUCCAUGAAUGUAUGGGCUGUAUUGUGUGCAGUUGCUGUGCUACCAAGUGUGUUUAUCACACGACUGUCUCUGAUAGCUUGGAUGAGCAUGAUUGCAGUGCUAGCUCUGAUGUCAUCUAUUGCUGUGACACUUGCUUACUGCAUAUUAAACUAUGACCGCUGGUCCAUAAACAACAUUCCUACAUUUGAUGGUAACACAUUUCCCAUUGGCUUUGGUAUUGUCACUUUUAGUUAUUGUGCUCAUGCAGUCUUUCCUGGAAUAGAAGCCAGUAUGAAGCACCCAGAGAAUUAUAACAAAAUGAUGCAUACUUCAUUCCUGGUAUCAGCAACUGUUAAGACUCUAUUUGGAGUUUUUGCUGUGCUGACAUUUGGACUUGUUACUGACCAGGUAGUGACAGUCAACCUUGCAGAUAGUUUAGCGUUCAAUACAGCAGCAACAGCAUUUGUAGCACUUAAUGUAUUUUUCUCCUUCCCUUUACCAUUAUUUGUUGUAAUAGAAACUUUUGAUGGCCUUCUUCUUCCCCAUUUUCCAUAUGUUGGUCGAGAGUCAAAUUACCACUGGGUGUGGCUGCUUAUUACUCGCACCUUGCUUGUAACUUUUGCACUUUUUAUUUCUCUAAUUGUUCCCCACUUUGGCCUAUUAAUGGGUUUCAUUGGUAGUUUCACGGGCACUUGCCUAUCUUUUUGUUUUCCAUGCAUUGCACAUCUUAAGCUGAAGUGGAAAUAUUUGAGAUGGUACCACAUCCUAGGAGAACUUGUCCUUAUAGUUUUUGGAGUUGUUGCUGGAGUUUUUGGAUUCAUUUAUUCAGGAAAAGCACUUAUUGACUCCUUCAAACAAAAUCCACCUAGUCAAACAUGAUGGACAAAUGUUGGGUUUGUUUAUUUCUGUGAAAUUCAGGCCAGUUAAUUAAAAUACAAAUUGUAUUGUUGGUCUGUUUUAUGUAUUUUAUUUUUGCAAAGACUGGCUAUACUUGCAUUUUAUUAAAAAGGGUGUUAAGAAAGAUUAUCCUAAUUAAUUACCAGAUUCAUUUUGGUGUACCACAUAGUUUUUUAGCUUGUCAACAAACUUAUUUUUUUAAAUAAAGGUGGGUGUGAAACUAAAAA